AUGCCGACCGAGUCUGAGAUGCGGUCUCGUCGAGACUCUUGGCCACCUACCCAGAUGCGCCUCAAGCCUACCCUUUCUACCAAGAACCGGCCACUUCCAUCUCUUGAUGAUAUCGAUGAUGAUCCUCUGACCUACUUUCUUACACCAGCGCCUCUUCUUGACGGCGAUGAUAUGGACGACGUCUUGCUAGAUUUUGAUGCGGGUAUUGAGGAUGCCAGUUCUCCUCGACCCUUUGUCCGCAGUGUAAGUCCAUCAACACUCGAUGGACUACGCAAGCCUGGUCUACGUCCCAUGUCACCGGGCACCAGCUCUGAGAUCUCAGAGUCCAACAAUGAGGAUGAUUAUGACGACGAUGAUGAGGACUAUGUCAGCUUCUCACCCAGUAAGCACGGAGGACUCCUCUCUCUUAGGGACCUCUUUGCCAACAGCCGACCACCUGUUCGACCCAAGAGCCCUGCUUUCAACCAGUCGACCAACAACUCUCUCCUCUCACCUACUGCCCUCUCAAGCAGCCCAAAGCUACGUGGCCGAUCCAGGGGCCGUGGACGCCAUGGAGCCAGUUCCCGAGGACACUCAGCAACACGCCGCCCAGGACAACUAUGGCGGGAGCCAAGCCCUGAUGUGUGGUCCAUUGAGGAGGAGACCGAGGAGGAGAUGAUGAGUGAGGUUGGAAGCAGUGUUGGUGCCCAGAGUGACACCAGCGAUGAUGAGGCUGAGAGUAAGAGGCGCAAGGGGAAGAAGGCCAAGUCGAACAAGAAGGUUCGCUUCGUCUUGCCUGCUCAGGAAGUCUAA